GUUCAUCUUUGCCCCGCGAAAUUCGCCAAAUACAUUUUUAUUUAGUCUCCAAUUAUUACGCAGUGUUGUCCGAAGUACGGAGUACUCAGUAUUGUAUGUGCAUUCCGACUCACGACAAUAUAUAAAACCAUCCUCCUCUCACAGGAACUACUUUGUAUUUGAGUGCGCAUUCUCUCUAUUCUCAAUCAGUUCACGCCUACUCCAGCUGCAAACAUGACCGAUAUACCCCUCAAACUCAACACUGGCGCAACGAUUCCAGCAUUGGGAUUUGGAACAUGGCAAAGUCCAGAAGGACAAGUGCGAGCUGCCGUGUCACACGCCAUUAAAUCCGGCUACCGCCAUAUCGAUUGCGCUUAUGUAUACGGCAACGAGAAAGAGGUGGGCGAAGGAAUCAAAGAAGGUCUGGCAGCAACAGGACUCUCUCGAAACAAUCUAUUCAUAACCACCAAGGUAUGGUGCACAUACCAUACGAGAGUCGAACAGAACCUCGACAUGAGUUUGGGUCUACUUGGUCUGGAUUACGUCGAUCUAUACCUCUUGCACUGGCCCAUCGCUAUGAACCCAAACGGCAAUCAUGAAAAGUUCCCCAAGCUGGCCGACGGCUCAAGAGAUCUUCUUCGGUCCCGGUCACACGUCGACACGUACAAGGAUAUGGAGAAGCUACUGAAGACCGGCAAAGUCAAGGCCAUUGGUGUAUGCAAUUACUCCAAACGCUAUCUCGAGGAACUGCUGCCCAAGGUGGACAUAGUCCCUGCAGUCAACCAGAUUGAGAACCACCCUCUACUCCCACAGCAAGAAAUCGUCGAUUACUGCCAACAAAAGGGUAUCCAUGUGACGGCGUAUAGCCCUCUGGGGUCGACGGGAAGCCCACUCAUGAAAGACCCACAUGUCGUCAAGCUAGCGGAACAAAAGGGCACCACACCAGGCUGCAUUCUACUGAGUUACCACAUUGCACGAGGGAAUUCGGUGCUUGCCAAAUCAGUCACACCUUCACGGAUUGACGAGAACAAACAUAUUGUCGACCUGUCCUCGAGUGACCUUGCUUCGUUAGCUGAGAUUUCUCAAAAGGGUGUGACGCGGUUCGUGUAUCCUGAAUUUGGGGUUGAUUUCGGCUUCCCAGACAAGUCAUGAGCUUUCUUUUCGGAGGGAAUAGACACAUGCUUAGACAGGAUAGAUCUGAUAGGCGCCUCAAACAUAAAAUAAGAGUGUCAUGAAUUGGCGUCCCUUUCGAUCCUGUUCCGCAUUUCGUUUCUAUCGUACGCAGUUGGAUUCGAGUCCCGCGUGAGAUGUAUUGCGUAGCCCAGGCCACGACCGUCGCCCUCCUCUCACCUAUCUUGGGCCCUUUGACGUUGCCAUUCCGGAUGUCAUCUUGUCAAUCUCGGCGUCAAGAC